UUUGAUGACCUUCGCUAUCUCGGUGGGACGGUCCCGUAGCCGUGGCAACGGCGGAACACUACCAUUCUGUCAUUCAUCGGAGGGGUGUUGGGUAUCUUACCUGUUGGAAUCUUCUCCACAGGAUUCCCAGCCACGUCACUUCGCCAAAUCCAACCGCGCGCGCUCUUGCAUACUUGAAACGUAUUCCUUAAGUUCUUUGACAUCGCGCUCCACAAAGUGAAGAAAAAAAGCAAAAUUAUUUUUUUACUUCAUCUUCCAUUUUGUUAUUCCACAAAAAAAGAAAGCGUUAACUCCUCGUCAGAAGAUGAGUUGAUUCCAAGUUGCGGUUGCUGUGGUCCGAGGAUUUGACCAUUCCGCCAUUUUUUUAUUCUCGGACAGGCGCUGUGUCCGGCCGUGGUGUGGUGAGAAAAAUCUGAAAGUGUUUUGGUAGCGGCAGUGUAGGAUAAGGCAGGCGAGUGCUAAACAGGGUAGACUGGUUCCAGCAGCGAGAAGGUUACCUAUGGAAUCAGAACAGACAGGUUUUUCGGGUUCGCCGCCGUCCGGUGUAGCAGGUGUAGCCGCUGUUUCACCAAGCGACGAUGGGACUAACGGGGAACCGGAGCUAUCAUCGACCCCCAAUGUCGAAAACAGGAGUCAAGCUUUUUAUAAUCAUUGUGCCAAUGAGAUAAUAGUGAAAGAUGAACCUGACGAUGAUGCCCCCACAGUUGUUGUCAGUUCCAACCAAGCUCCACUACCAACGAUAUCUGAUGAAAAUUGGAGAGCUUUCUACCAACACAAUCAGUUGGUGGUACUCAACGGCAACGUAGAGGAUGGCGUCGGGGCUGUUUAUGAGACAGCUUACAAAUUGCCAUCUCUCGGAAAAAUAAGCAAAGGAAUCGUUGGAAAACUACCAGCUUUCUUUGGCGUUGCUGUCGCUCCAUCUGAAGGUGAAUUAAUCACUGCCCACACAGACACAUCUCCAGUGCCAAGUCCGGUCCAACAACCGAGUGACCUGUCCACUCCAACAGCCAUUUAUCUCCACAGGGGUGACGGUAAUAAAGUAAUUGUACAUUCGUUAGACAGAGAAAAUUCAGUUAUACAGCCAGUGCCAGACGGAGUUCAUGACUCUGGAAAAGAUGACAAAGAGAACUCUCAAGCUCUGCCAUUACUCGCACCCUCAGCUGUCGAAGUCAAACAAACAGACGAUGGGGAUAACCAGGACGUUGAAAUGGUCGAGGCUUCAAGACACGAUGAAUCUUCUCCUACUGGCAUCCCUUUGGAGAGCGCCACAUAUCCCACAGGAGAAUUUUCUCCAUCUGCAUACGAACCUCUGGGCACUGGUCAAUACAGCGUACUGACUAAUGUUGUGGUUACGGUAGCUCCUCCACCUCAGUAUGGGGUCCAAACAACAUCGGCCAGCAAUACUUAUACGCUUACUCCAACAGAUUAUUUUAGAGAGUAUCUACCACAAUCUACUACUGAUCAGCAGUAUGUGCAAGCAGUCAGACAGUUAGCAGCGUAUCCAGAAGCCACACUAGAUAAUGGUACUGCGUAUGGAACCGUGGAAAGGUAUAUUAGGCAGCAGGCAGCCUACAAACCUACCCCUCACGGAUUAACCGUAGAUCUUCCUUCACCUGAUUCUGGUAUCGGAGAAACUACUGUAACUCCAAGGGAUUCCUUGCAACAAAUAUUUGAUUAUACAGAAAUAGCCCAAGCUCAACCUAUACUCCAACAAACUGAUGAAGAUUCUCAAACAUCAAGGGGAACGUCAGUAGUCUCACCAUCUGGUCGUAAAAACUCUUGGAAUCACGAAUAUGGUCGAAAUUCAGAACUAGACAAAGUUCAAAUUCCUAAAAUUUUCUCCGAUGUAGGAUUUCACUACUUCCUAGAGUCUCCCAUUUCCACCAGUCAACGAAGAGAGGAUGAUCGCAUGACUUAUAUAAAUAAAGGACAGUAUUAUGGUAUCACUCUAGAAUAUAUUAAUGAUCCAGAAAGAACACUCCGAAGUUGUACUGUCAAAUCAACUGUGAUGCUCGUAUUUCGAGAGGAGAAAAGUCACGAAGAUGAACUCAAAGCGUGGAAAUUUUGGCACAGUCGACAACACAGUGUAAAGCAGCGAAUACUUGAUGCAGGUAAACAGAAUACAAAAAACAGUUGCGGCAUCAUAGGUCAAAUUGAAGAGGUUACUCAUAAUGCGAUAGCCUUCUACUGGAAUCCAUUAGAUGGACCUGCAAAGAUUAGUGUUUCAGUUCACUGUCUCAGCACAGAUUUUAGUAAUCAAAAAGGUGUAAAGGGUUUUCCUCUACACAUCCAAGUAGAUACGACUGACGAUUUACGAGAAGGUGCUCCACCCAUUCACAGAGGCUACUGCCAAAUUAAAGUUUUCUGCGAUAAAAAGGGAGCUGAAAGGAAGACAAGAGAUGAAGAAAGAAGAGCCGCAAAGAGGAAACUUACUGCAACAGGUAGUGGAAGGAAGAAAAUUGAAGAGAUGUACCACACUCCAUGUGAGAGAUCAGAAUUUUAUUCCAUGAGCGAUCUUUCAAAACCUCCAAUACUUUUCACGCCAGAUGAUGAUUCAGAAAAAUCGAACGGCCCAGAGUUAACCUUCUACACAAUAGCAACUGCAGCAGCAGCUGCUGCUGCAGAAGAAAAUGCUGCUUCUGCUGCUGCAAUAGCAGCGGAAGUAAAAGCACCUCUUGAAAUGCCUGUUUCUCCACCCUUGAAGAAAUUCAAACUAGCACCGCCUGAUAGAGAACUAAUCAACGUCUCCUAUUGGGAACCAGUGUUACUUUAUGUGAAGAGGCCAGAAGACGAAGUGUUCUUUCCCCUACACCUCACACCACCCAAUCUAAAUGGACUGGCCAAAGCUAUGGAGAACAAGUAUAAUAUUGGAGUUGAACUCAUAAGAAAUUUUUAUAAAAAAUGCAAGAAAGGAAUCACAGUUAUGAUGGACGAUGAUAUGGUUCGCCUUUAUUGCAAUGAAGACACAUUUGUUAUCGACGUCAUUAAAGCAGAAAAUGAGAAUAAAUAUGAUAUUACAUUUACAGAGCUGUAGCGAGGGAAGAAAAAAAUUAUAAUGUUUGCUUUGAAGCAAAAUUUUUAAGAACUUUAAGAAUUAUUAUGCUGAUAUUCAGCAUAUUUUUUUAAACACUUUUUUUAAACUAUUUUACAUUUUUAUACUUUUACAAUCGUUGGGAAUAUUUGUCUUAAAAUAUUCAUCUCUCUAAAUACUCAUUUUGCUCAUAUCUUGUCUUUAUCAGAAUACUUUUUGUAUUAAAACUUAUUUGUGAACAAAUACUUUGCAUAUAUACUGUCAGUUAUAUAAAGCAAUGCAUGGUGAAUAUUGCUUUAUUUCGUUAUUAUUUGUAUAGUUUUUUUUAAAGAUAAAGUUCAUCUUUCCUUGCCAUGAAUACAGCUCCCAGCAUAUAAGCUAUUUUAUUAUUCAAAUAGGCAGUAUAUUUAGCAAUUUAUAAAAUGUUACCUUUUGACAUGAAGUAACAGCUAGUGUAUAAAUAUUAUUACAGAAACAUAAAACUAUAAAUAUAUAUGGGGGAAAUAUUACAACUAUGUACACUUAUUUUAAGAUCUUUAUCAGCAUGAAUACAGCGGUCAAAAUUAACUGCAGUUGUUCUUCAAAGCUUUAAUCAAGAGCUCUCUGGGUUUCUGUAUAUUUUAGAAAAAUUCUUAAAUUUGGGAUCCCUAAGAAAAUAUAACAAAAUAAAAUAAAAAAUUCACACUUAAUUGCUUGAUUCAGUGUUGUAAGUAUUGCUGUUAAAUAAAGAAGCAAGCUUCAAUUCAGUCGAACAGAAAACAUUCUGUUUGUAAUUAAAGAAUUAAAAAUAUUCAGUUUUUAAUUCUCAAUUUUUAAAUUAGAAAAAUCUAUGACUAUCUGUUCAACAAUUCUAUCUAUUACUAUUCAAAGUUAGAAGUUCAAAUGUAUGGUAACAAAAAGAUUCUGAAUUCAAGUUUAUUUAAUGGCAAUCAUAAAAAGGAAAUAUAGCAUUAAAUUUAAAUGUUUACCAACAUAGUAUUUAGUGUUAUAAAGUUUUUUUUUAUUUUGUUAAGUAUAAAAAUCCAAAAAUUCCCUAUUUCUAAAAUAUUUAGUUUAUUAAUCAAUAGUUAUUAUGAAAUUCAUAUUUUCUAAAAUCUGAUUUUUUUCUUGUUCCACAUAAUUCUGAUUUCACAUUGACAGCUAUAUAAAUAUUUAUUUCAAGAUCUUAUUAGUAAAAUUGAAUUAUCUAAAACUAUUAAUCUAAGCUUAGCAGGCAAAAAAAGUUUGAUUAAAAGUCUAAAAAACUGUGUACACUAAUUACUGAAGGCUAUACUUCUUCUAAACUUCAUCAUUUUUACGUUAUAUCAAGUAGUUUAAUUGUAAAAUAUAUGAAAAUAGUAUUUAAGAACCUUUACGUUUCUGUUAAAAAUGUUUUUGAUAAAAUAUUUUAGCGCUCUAAAUAAAUAUUGAAAAUAUUAUAUUUUUAUACAGCUCUUGUCCAAACUAAAAUUACUUAUUAAGCAGUGAUUCAUGUUGGUAACAAUUUUAGUAUUUGUUAUAAAAGUGCCAAACUUCAAAGUGCUUAGUCAUUGCUUAGUGUGGUUUUAUUCAUAUAGUAAUGAAGAAAGAUAAUCUGCCUAUUAAAACAUUUUCAUUGCUGGCAUAUAAAGAUAUUUUCAAUGUUUUGUGUUUAGAAUUUGUGCAACAGUGUGUAUUUGUAGAAUGGCAUUGAGACAGAGAGUAUGCCAUUUUGAAAAGAUUAUUUCAUGUUUUGAAUUGUAACUGUGCAAUUCCUCUUAUGCAAUACAUAAAGUGUAUAAAGUUUUAUUUCAUUGACAUUUUGAUUUUGUGUAGAGCAAUCAAUCAAAUAUUUUGUAUAUAAAAUAUGAUUUAGAUAUUGGGAAAAUAUAUAACAAAAAUCCAAUUCUUUUGAAUAUGUUUUGUAAGAUUUUACCCUUUAUGUACAGUUUCCAAGUCAUUAAAAAAAUAAUAAAAUAAAAUGCAUACAAACUAUGUGUAGAAAAUAAAGGCAAAUAGUGCAAUUUAAGCUGAUUUUGAGCUUAAUUUUACAACUAAAUCUAGCUUUUGCUAAUUUCAAUAUUUGUUCAGGAUAUAAGUUAAAUGUAAAAAAAAACAUAAAUAAGGCUUAUUUUCAUACCUAAUUUCUCCAUGGAAAUAUUUGAAUACCGUUAGACAAAGAUAAAUUUGAGAUCAAAUUUAUAGGAAACAUUUGUAUCACUUAGAUUUGUUUUCUUAAUUCAAAUCAGUAUUUUUUUUUCCUUCAAAAUAAAUAAAUAAAAUGCAUCACUGUUCUUAACAGUCCCAAAAUGGAUUAUCAGAUUUUAUCACUUUUUAGGAUAGGACAAACUUUUUUAAAUCAAUAUAUCAGAACCAUCCUUUGUUAUAUAAACUCAGCUUCCAGCUCUGUUAGAUGCAUGGGGGUUAGAUGUGUUGCAAUAUUUUAUUUGUGAGCUGUAAAUCAAAAUUUUUGGCUCUAGUUUUACCAUUAUUUAAAAAACUUCUGUUAUAUAGUGCUACCUAUUAAUGAAUAUUCAAUAUUAGUUCUUUUGCCUUUUUGAUUUUUAUACUUACGGUUGUUGUAAUAUUAAAAUGUGCAUUGUUGAAUUACAAGGUCUUCCAGUAAUUUAUCAUUUUAAAGUUAUGGAUGCAUGUCAAUAUUUUUUGUGGCUAUUUAAAUCGCACAAUGUUUGUUAUAUUGUUUCAUAAAUAGCUUGUUAACUACUUAAUCUCAUUUGUCUGAUGUAAAUGGCAGCUAAACUGCAUGUCAACUGAUUCGAAUUUUAUUUCUACAGGAUUUUUAUACUGUAAUUACAUACAUGUAAAUAGCUGGGAUAUGGUUAAUAGUGUACAAAAUAUUUUUGAUUCACUGUACAUAACAUUUUAUAAUAAAUUUUUUUUGUUUUAUA